AUGCCUCAGGACAUGCCGCCCACGGGCGGCUACGCCCCCGUGCAAUACCGCCGAAACCUCCCUGCCCGCGGCUUCCGUCCCGCCGUUUACGUGCUCGCGACCUUCGGGAUCAUGACAUAUGGGUUUUAUAGAGCUGGACAGGGCAUCAGAGAGCAUAACGAGUUGGCGAGAGAGAAGAUGUGGGCGCGGAUACAUCUCAUUCCGGCGUUGCAAGCGGAGGAAGAUCGGGAUCAAGUGAGGAGGUAUUUGGCGGAUAGGGCGAGAGAGAAGGAGCUUUUGGGGACGGAGACGAAGGUUUACAACAGCGACCGGUUUGUCCGACCGACAUUUGCGGUUACGCCGGAGCAUGUUACGAAAUAG